CAUUUGGAACUAAUUAAAACACCAUUUUAGAGCUUACUAACUGCGAUCAUAUUAAACAUGGGCAAAAGAUUCUUCAUUUUAUUUUUGCUUUUUCUUUCUCUCAUGUUGAGUUAUAUGAUAUCUGCAGCAGAGGCAAGGGCAUUGCCAAUGAGGGAUUCAAAGUUGCAGUACAGCAAUGCUAGUAAAAAGAUUCACAACGGUACGUUUAAAGGGUUGUUUCUUCAUGCUGUGAAGGAUUCAGGGCCAAGCCCGGGUGUUGGACACAGAUACAAUAAUCUUCAAAUUAUUGAAGUUGAGAAAUCUGGGCCUAGCCCUGGUGAGGGACAUAAGUGAAUCAGUACGCAAUAACAAAUAAAGCAGGCUGUCUUAUUUGCCUAAGUUGGUGGCACGAAGUGCUGUUCAACGGUGAUUAUUGUACCAUACAUAUGCUGUUGUGGCUGCUGGCUACGCCUCUUGUAACAUUCAUGUGUCUUAAUAUAAUAUCGUUGAACAUGUUCACCUUUAAUUCUUCCUUUUUUUUUCCUUCAUUAAAUAUUCAUUCUAUUUUGCAAUAACU